UUCUUUAACUGUAGGAUUUAAAACUGCUCAGUUCAUUUUUGCAUAGAAAGUUCUGGGUGUUAGGAGGAGAGAAUGGUCUGGAAGUCGAAGUAUGAAAUGAAAGAAUGUAAUUUCCUCUCCUACAGAGGUGUGGUUAUCUUCAGGGCCUUCUAUUCAUCAUUUUGAUUUAUACAUCCGACUUUUGUGUUCCAUUUGGAUGAAAAGUUUUGCGUUAGCUGUCAAAUGAUCUGCCAAAUUACAGCUGUGAGGAAGGGUCUCUGUGUUGCUUUGAAAUGCGUCUGGUAAUGAAUUUGUUCUGCUGCUUAGUGAGCUACAAAUCAUUGAUCCUUUUCCUCAUCAAGUUGAACGGGAACAGAGAACGAGGGCAGAAGGGAGAAGACAUGUCUUCAACCAGCUUCACUGACCAACAGUUCAUGUCCCCCCAAAGCUUUUAUAGAACUUUCUCUGGAAGUCUAAGAAACAUCUCUGAAGAACAGAAAGAGUUCCUUUAUACGCACCUCAGAAAACUACCCAGAAAUUUCUUUAUCACCGGCUUUAGUCCUCACACUGAAGUCAAAGUCAUCAACCGUAGACUUUUAGUUGGAACCUUCUACAAACACAUCUGUUUUGUCUGGGACGUGGAGCUGGACAGAAAAUCUGCUGAACUUGGUUUUAUUCAUAUUAUCUGCAAACCAAACAUACAGAACGAGGACCAGCAGCAGGAAGAUCCUCCAUUUCAUCUGGUGGAGAACAUAGUUUCAAAUUGUCAGCUGCAUAACCUCCAUAAUAUUGAUUCUAAUUGUCUAAGAGAAAAAUGGCAGCUUCUAUUAAAGAAGAGGAAGAAAAACAGGGGUGCAGUUGCUGGUAUAUUUAAAGGUAAUUGUUUAAUUUGCACUUUUCAUGCUGAGAAACCAAGUUUUAUAAAAGGUGAAAAUACAAUUCACUAUGAGGAAUUAUUAAUUAGAGAAAUUGAUCUAUAUUUAGAGAAGAUAUCACAAGAACUACAUAAUGGAGCCCCAGAGGGUGGGAGGGUGGAAAUUCUGAUUAAUAUACCCAUGAGUCCAUGUUGUAAAAGAGAGAAAAAGAAAGGAACAGAAAAUGAAACUAUUGUUCCUUGUUUGUUUCAGCUUGUAGAAAACACAGAUCAAUGGGGAAAAAAAUACAACUGCUGCACAUAUGUUGGAUUUACAGAUUAUUUUGGACCACUUAGUUCACAUUUUUUAGACCAAAUCCCCAAAUCAGAAAUCUUGAGAAUCAAUAGUGUUUUCCAUCCAUACACUGAAAAAUCUGAGAAUGAUCGAAUCAAACUAAGUUGGGAAAAAAUAAAAAAUAAAAUUGAUGACAUGAAAAGAAAAAAGAAGUUUCAGAAGAUCCAAAAUUUGAACACGGAUUUUCAAAAAUGUCUGAAUAAUCUCCAGAAAUUAGCAAAGUCUGAGUUGAAAUUAAAUCAACAUUUACUCGAUGGGAAGAAAAUUAUUACUUUUUCUGGAUUUGACUCAACAGUGAAGGACGAGAUUCAUGAUGCUUUAUGUACGAUCUGGGAAGCAGUGAUUGAAAACAAGAGACUGGAACUUAUAAAGGAAAAAUUCAAAGCAGAUUACAACAAGAAGUUUGUUGAAUCUUUUCUAAAACAUCAGAAUUUUUCUUCCAGAGGAUGCAUAAAAUUUUGUUUAAUAGAGAAACAACACCUACCAACCAACAUGCUACAGUCUGACUGCCACUCUUUGGAUGACAAAAACCUUUGUAGUCCAGAUGAUUGUGAAACUGUGAUUAGUGAUCAGCCUGGUCAUUUUUGAUCCAAAACUUCCAAAGUUUUGAUAUCAUUUGUGAUUAGUUCACUAAUUAUUGUCACUGAAUAUUUGUUGUUUUUCUCUGAUUAAAUGAAAAAAAAAAAAGAAAUCUGAACCUGUGUGCUUUGUUCCCUCUUUAACCAAAAUGCAUCUGUGGUUACACAUGUUGAAGAACAGAAUCCAUCAAUAAACUUCACCAGCUGAUAAUGUGAGCUUUCAGUAUCAGCGGCGGCCUUACUCUACAUAAUACACAUUAAUUUCAUUUUCUAUUUCUGAAAAUACAGC